UCAAUUGAGGUUCUUCUGUCAGAUUGUUGCAGGGUUGUGUUGAAAGAAAGAGUGCGUCAAGAUGGAGGCUGCUGCUCCAGGGAAACCCCAGAAGUUGCCGAAAGUAGCCAAGGUCAAGAACAAGGCGCCAAAUGAAAUUCAAAUCACAGCCGAACAGCUUCUUCGGGAGGCGAAAGAAAGAGACUUGGAAAUCGUUGCUCCGCCUCCACGACAAAAAAUUGCCGAUGCCGUGGAACUCGCAGAUUAUCGUCUACGGAAACGGAAAACUUUCGAGGACAACCUCCGAAAAAAUAGACUGAUGAUUUCCAAUUGGAUUAAAUAUGCACUUUGGGAGGAAAGUCAGAAAGAGGUUCAACGAGCGAGGUCUAUUUUUGAGAGAGCCCUUGAUGUCGAUCACCGAAAUAUCACGCUGUGGUUGAAGUAUGCCGAGAUGGAAAUGCGAAACAAGCAGGUGAACCAUGCUAGGAACAUUUGGGAUCGAGCUGUGACGAUUUUACCUCGUGCCAAUCAGUUUUGGUACAAGUACACGUACAUGGAGGAAAUGUUGGGCAAUGUCGCUGGGGCAAGAGCUGUAUUUGAACGUUGGAUGGAAUGGCAACCGGAUGAGCAAGCGUGGAUGACCUAUGUAAAGUUCGAGUUGCGUUACUCGGAACGAGAAAGAGCCCGUGAUAUUUAUGACCGCUUCGUAAUGACCCAUCCUGAGCCGAAGAACUGGAUCAGAUUCGCCAAAUUUGAGGCAGACGGUGGCAAUUCAUCUGCUGCUCGUCAGCUUUUCGAACGUGCCGUGGAAUUCUUUGGGGAAGACUUCCUCAAUGAUAAGCUCUUCAUUGCGUUUGCCAGAUUUGAAGAGUCUCAAAGAGAGCAUGACAGAGCGAGAGUGAUUUACAAGUAUGCGUUGGAUCAUCUCCCAAAAGAGCAGUGCGAAGAAGUUUACAAAAGUUAUACUAUUCACGAGAAGAAAUAUGGUGACAGAUCCGGCAUUGAAGACGUGAUUGUCAGCAAGCGGAAGUUUCAAUACGAAGAGGAGGUCAAAGCAAAUCCGUUGAAUUACGACGCGUGGUUUGAUUACUUGCGUCUGGUGGAAUCCGAAGGCGAUGUGGAAACCAUUCGUGACACUUACGAGAGAGCGAUUGCCAACGUUCCCCCGAUUCAGCAAAAGCGAUACUGGCGAAGAUACAUUUAUCUGUGGAUUAAUUACGCUUUGAGGGAAGAAAUGAAAAACAAGGACAUCGAGAGAACGAGACAAGUUUAUAAAGCGUGCCUAGAUUUGUUGCCUCACAAGAACUUCACGUUCAGUAAAAUUUGGCUGCUGUUCGCCUAUUUUGAAAUCCGACAAAAAGAGUUGCAAGCAGCCAGAAAAAUUUUGGGAAGAGGAAUUGGAAUGUGUCCGCGAGAAAAACUUUUCCGUGGUUACAUCGACUUGGAAAUCCAGCUUAGAGAAUUCGACAGAUGUCGGAUUCUGUACGAAAAAUUCCUCGAGUUCGACUCCGCCAAUUGUUCAACGUGGAUGAAAUUCGCAGAACUAGAAUUGUUGCUCGGCGACGUGGACAGAGCCCGUGCAAUUUUCGAGUUGGCCAUUCAUCAAGAUGUCUUGGAUAUUCCUGAAGUGCUCUGGAAAGCUUAUAUCGAUUUUGAAAUCAAUCAAGAAGACCAUACGCGAGUCAGGCGACUGUAUCGAAAAUUGCUGGAGAAGACGAGUCACGUGAAGGCAUGUAUAAAUUUCCAUGCUCGCCUCAGAUAUUAUUUCCGAGUCAGAGUGUGGGUUAGUUUUGCUCGUUUUGAGGCGGAAGCGACAGGACCGGAAGGAGCGAGGAAGUUGUUCCGGGAGGCCAAUAAUUAUUUGCGGGACGAAGGAAGAGAGAAAGAGGAUAGGUUGCAUUUGUUGGAGGGAUGGAAAUCGUUUGAAGAGGAGUUGGGUGACGACGGUGAAAUGGACAAGGUUAAAGCCUUGAUGCCGAAGAGGGUCAAGAAGCAACGGAGGACGCAGAAUGACCAAGGGAUGGAUACUGGAUGGGAAGAAUACUACGACUACAUAUUCCCAGAAGAUGAAGCUUCUCGUCCAAACCUCAAGUUGCUUGCCAUGGCGAAGAUGUGGAAGCAAACCAAAGGUAAUCUGCCGGAAUCCACAGAGAUCUCGAAUGAAACAUCAAGAGACGAAGAAGUUUCCGAACCCGGUGUUGCGGAUUCCGGGGAAAUUCCCAUAAGCGGUUCCGAAAGUGAAUCCGAGGAAGAUCAAGAAGAAGAAGAAUCAUCAAGAGCCGGCAAAAGGUUGAAGACGAAUGAUGAUCAUAAUUCUAAUAGUGACAAGGACGACAUGUCGCAGUCGCCGAAGCCUUCUUGAGGAUUGUAAUGCUCGCUCUGUUCUUUUUCAGGUUUUAUGUGAGAAAAAAGCAGUUUGUUCAUUUUG